AGAAGUGACUUCUCAAAAAGUGUCUUAGUUCGCAGUCACCUGAGCGCCUGCGAGUCGGCGGCGGGAGGCUGCGCGGAUACCGCCCUCUGCGGUCCUGCCUGGAGACCCUGCCCUCUCCUCCGGUCCUCCGGUCCUCCGGUCCUCCGGUCCUCCGGUCCUCCGGCCUCGCCUCCCCGAACCCGUCCGGGGCCUGUCCUUUCCCCGGUCCUCUCCCGGUCGCGAACCGGGCCGGGCCGAACCGGGCCGCCUGGGAGCGGUGCCUGACCAUGGCGUCCUUCUUCAAGAAGAAAACCGUGGAUGCCUAAUCCUGAGCUUUUGGAGGAGGCAGGAUGCUGCUGGCCCCUGAGUGUCAUUAGACUUGAUGUAAUAAAGGAACAGAAUCGAGAGUUACGAGGUACACAGAGAGCUAUAAGCAGAGAUCGAGCAGCUUUAGAGAGACAAGAAAAACAGCUGGAAUUAGAAAUUAAGAAGAUGGCCAAAAUUGGUAAUAGAGAAGCUUGCAGAGUUUUAGCCAAACAGCUUGUACAAUUACGGAAACAGAAAACAAGAACUUUUGCUGUAAGUUCAAAAGUCACUUCUAUGUCCACACAAACAAAAGUGAUGAACUCCCAGAUGAAGAUGGCUGGUGCAAUGUCUACUACAGCAAAGACAAUGCAGGCAGUAAACAAGAAGGUGGAUCCACAAAAGACAUUACAGACAAUGCAGAAUUUCCAGAAGGAGAACAUGAAAAUGGAAAUGACUGAAGAAAUGAUCAAUGAUACACUUGAUGACAUCUUUGAUGGCUCUGACGAUGAAGAGGAAAGCCAAGAUAUUGUGAAUCAGGUUCUUGAUGAAAUUGGAAUUGAAAUCUCUGGAAAGAUGGCCAAAGCUCCGUCAGCUGCCCGAAGCUUACCAUCUGCCUCUACUUCAAAGGCUACGAUCUCCGAUGAAGAGAUUGAACGACAACUCAAAGCUUUAGGAGUAGACUAGUCAAAAGAGCUAUAAUACUUUGCUUAUUUAUAAUUAUUUAGUUAUAAUUAUAAACCAGGCAUAUUGCCGAUUCCUUUACAAAACACAUUUAUUUUGCAAAAAUGAAGACCAUGAGUGAACAGUUGUUUCCUAACCCAUGGCUAUUUUGAAUUUUUUGCCAAAGAAUGACAACGAUGCAAAAUGGGAACAGUUUGGAUUUUAAGUAGAACAGUUUAGGAGUGAUGAUGUGUAAAAAGUUGACGACUUUUCUGCAUGGCAUAGAGAAAUUAUAUUCAUUACUUGUGUAGUUUAUGUUCUAAAUCCUUUUACACUGAAUAAAAAAAUCUUGUUAAAUGCCACUAGGCACCAACUUAAAAAGUCUUGUAAAAAUAUUAAAAGUAUGUCAUUAAUUCUAUAUCUGUUGCUUGUCUUGUAAGUGAUAUGUGUUAUAACCAUAAGCAAGUUAGUUGCCAAAUUAUUUUUAAAUGGUCUGAAAGAAGAGUGCUAUUUAAACAACCGUCUUAAAUAAAAACUGUCGUGAGCUUUUCUUUUAUUGUUUUUUCCCCCUUCGGGAGGAUAUUCAAGUUAAUAAGUUUAUUAUCUUUCAAAAUGUGCUUGGCACCUGCCUUAAACAGCACAAACAUUGUGCACAUCUUUAAAUUAUUUUAACUGACAGAAAAGAAAUCCAUUUUAAACUAAAAUUGAGACCUCUUACAAAAACUGUCCAGGCUGUCUUUUGUAAAGCUUAUAAAAGUGAAUUGAAUAUGUUAGCAAAAACAGACACUGAAUUAAUAAUAUUUUGUAGUAAUAGAAUGGAAUAUUUUGGUCUUCUAAGAAGUGAGGAGAUUUUUUCCACGUGACAUAUACUUUAAUCUCUAAUUUUGAACUGUAUUAAUGUGUGUAUUGAACCCUCUAAAUUGAAACCAUCAUUCUCAAUUAAGUAACACUACGAAAAUGCUCUAGGUAAAUUUUAAAAUAAACAUUAGCACUUUUUUCUUGGUGAAUAAACUACAACUUUGUCAGAAAUUACUGCCUAAAUGUGUGUCAAUGUCUUAGCAGUAUUUUUAAAGGUAAAAUUGCAUUAGUAUUUAAAGUAUAUAUAGAAAGUGAGAAGAAAUUAAAAAGUAGCAGAUUAUAGAGAUAGAAUUUAGAAUUAGGUUAGUUUUGAAAAAUGAUGUAAUUAUGGGUUCUAGCACAUUCCACCAUAAAAUCCCUGGAACAGAUUACAUAGGUGUAACAUGGUUAAUUUGGGAUGAUGGACAUUUUGGACUAAUAUUGACAACAAUUCAUUUUAGAACUAGUAUACAUGUGGCAUAUGCAUUGGUGGAAAGAAUGAAAAGCUAAAUAAUAUAGUUUAUAAUCUACAGUCCAUUUUAUAACGUUCAACAAAAGGGUUCCAUUGUUAGUAGAUUAAAUAUAGUUCCUGAGAAUCAAUGGAUCAAAAGAUUUUACUGGAUUAUGGAAUGUUAACCCAGAACUGUUUUGAUUCUUGGAUGUACAUAAUAAUGCCAACUAACUUUAAUUUACUUUUUUGUUUACAUGUGGGGGCUUUUGUUUUUAAAAAUUAUUUUGUUAAAAAAAUCCCAAUAAAGAUUUUUUGCUAUUA